AUGGCGAAGGACGCCGCGACUGCGCCCGCUUCGCGAGGCGAGAACGCACCUUCCUCGGAGAAGAAGUCUCCGGCGCCUUCCCCGCUGCUGAGUCUCUGCCUCGCCCUCGAGCAGCUACGCCAGGGCGUUGAGCAGCAAGACGACCGGCCGAUCACGCGCAUGUUUCGGCAAUUCAAGACGCUCCGCACCGCCUGCAGUCCGCAGAUUUUGCUCCUCGUCUCUUCGCGUCUCCUCUGGGACGCCGACCUCUCCUCGCCUGCGAGUCCAGACGCUGACAAAGCUGCCCCAGGCUCGCCCCCAAAGAGCUCCGAUGCACCACCUGCGAGACAAGACGAGGCGACGCUCGCCUUCUGGAAGGCCAUGAAGGACGCCCUCGAGGCCUCCGUCUCCGAGGAACGCAGCCAGGCGAUGGACGUCGAUGAAACGCCGGCCGCGCCUUUCCCUCUCGCUGCUCGGGAGUUCGCCUUCUGCUCGAGCGAGGUGGAGACGCUCCUGGCGCUCUUGCUCCUCGUGCGCCUGAUCGACUCGCGCCGCUACGCCCCCGCGGUGGACUUCGGAGACCGGUUGGUUGACCGCCUUCUGGGAUCGACGGGCGUGGACGAGCCGCCCUCCGCUUCGCCCGACUUGCCCCGAAGAAGAAAACGCCUCGACUUCAUUGGCGCAAAAUGCAUCUUCUACUGGUACAGGGCGCGAGAGCUCAGCCAGUCCCUCAACCAAACCGUCCGAGCAAAACUUCUCUCUGCAUACACGGUCGCAAGUGUCCAGCACGACACCAUGUCUCAAGCGACGGUGUUGAAUCUUCUACUCCGAAAUUACAUUUCCUGCAACCAGUACGAACUCGCUCUGAAACUCAAUUCCAAGGCAUGCUUCCCCGAGAAUCUCCGCUCGAACGCGCAGCAGGCUCGCCACCUGUACUACCUGGGAUCUAUUCAGGCUGUGCGCCUCGAAUAUAGUGCGGCCUUCGCCAAGCUCCAAAUGGCUCUCCGCAAGGCCCCUCAGCAGCCGCGCGUCGCUGCCGGCUUCCGCUUAGCGGUGCUGAAGAAAGCGAUCGUCGUAGAACUGUUGAUGGGAGACAUCCCGGAGAGGGCUAUCUUCAGCCGCAAAGAGACGCGCGCCGCUCUCUUGCCGUACAAACACAUUGUGCUGGCAGUGCGGAGCGGCGAUUUGCAUGCGUUUGCGCGCGUCAUGUCCGACUUUGAGAAAGCAUUCAUUAAGGACGGGACGCUCUUCCUCAUUCGGCGACUUCACCACAACGUCAUUCGCGCCGGUCUGCGUCUCAUCUCUCUCUCCUACUCUCGCAUCUCGCUGGAAGACGUCGCGCAGAAACUCGGGCUCGACAGCGCAACUUCUGCGGAGAACAUCGUGGCGAAGGCGAUCCUCGACGGCGUGAUUGAAGCGACGAUUGACCACGAGAAAAAAUAUGUUGAAUCCAAGGCGAGCGUCGCAAUCUACUCGUCGACGGAGCCGCAAAAAGCCUUCAACAAGCGCAUCACUUUCUGUCUCCAGCUCCACACAGACGCCGUUAAGGCGAUGCAAUAUCCCGAGGCGGAGGAGACUCAAGGACGCGGCAACGACGACGCCGAUGAGCGGCGCAAAGCCCUGCAGGAGGAGAUGGCGCGGGUGGAGGAUGAGGAGUUGGAUGAUGACGACUCGGACAUGCUGUAG